AUGGGACCGGACUCGCAGGGACGAUUAGUGGGAGGGAGACGGGAAGGAUGGCGGCUACGGAACGCAGCGGGGGAGGGGGAAGGAUGGGAUGGGGGGAGAGCUGGGGUAGCAGUGGCGCAAGCGGGGCAGCAGGGGGGAAAGGGAGGUGGCGCAGUUGUGACGCUGGCGGAGUCUCAAGAUGCGCAAACCUUCAACCAUCCGCCCCGCCAUCUCGCUGCCAUUUCCAUCCGUCCAUACGCCCUUCUCCCACCCACCCCCUCCACGUCUUCUCUUCUCCCUCAGGCUGGACCCCUCUCAGGUGGUGAACGGCAGCAUCCCAUCCGCGCUAGUGCAGCUCUCCCUGCUCCGAACGCUCGAUCUGCACACAUUCUUCCUCAACGGCACCUUCCCUGCCACCAUCGGAGCCCUCACUCGCCUCACCUACCUGUAAGCGCUGGACCGCGCUUCCCUUCUGCCCGCCCACCUGCCUUCCUGCCAAACUCUCUUCCCGCCCACCUGCCUUCCUGCCAAACUCUCUUCCCGCCCACCUGCCUUCCUGCCAAACUCUCUUCCCGCCCACCUGCCUUCCUGCCAAACUCUCUUCCCGCCCACCUGCCUUCCUGCCAAACUCUCUUCCCGCCCACCUGCCUUCCUGCCAAACUCUCUUCCCGCCCACCUGCCUUCCUGCCAAACUCUCUUCCCGCCCACCUGCCUUCCUGCCAAACUCUCUUCCCGCCCACCUGCCUUCCUGCCAAACUCUCUUCCCGCCCACCUGCCUUCCUGCCAAACUCUCUUCCCGCCCACCUGCCUUCCUGCCAAACUCUCUUCCCGCCCACCUGCCUUCCUGCCAAACUCUCUUCCCGCCCACCUGCCUUCCUGCCAAACUCUCUUCCCGCCCACCUGCCUUCCUGCCAAACUCUCUUCCCGCCCACCUGCCUUCCUGCCAAACUCUCUUCCCGCCCACCUGCCUUCCUGCCAAACUCUCUUCCCGCCCACCUGCCUUCCUGCCAAACUCUCUUCCCGCCCACCUGCCUUCCUGCCAAACUCUCUUCCCGCCCACCUGCCUUCCUGCCAAACUCUCUUCCCUCCCACCUGCCUUCCUGCCAAACUCUCUUCCCUCCCACCUGCCUUCCUGCCAAACUCUCUUCCCUCCCACCUGCCUUCCUGCCAAACUCUCUUCCCUCCCACCUGCCUUCCUGCCAAACUCUCUUCCCGCCCACCUGCCUUCCUGCCAAACUCUCUUCCCGCCCACCUGCCUUCCUGCCAAACUCUCUGCCUGCCUGCAUGCCUGCUGGUCUGCCUGCGUGCCUGCUGGUCUGCCUGCGUCUUCCCUUUUGCAAGCAUGCCGUGUCACUGCGCCACCAUCUGUUCCCCACGAGCUACGUCGCUUCCCUUCCCCCCACUACAUCCUCUCUCUGUUUUGUCCCUCAGUUUAAUCUGAUCCCCUCUUUUCCCCUCUGCCUGCGCCUCCCUCUGGCGACUACUCUCUCACCUACUGCUUUAUCAUCUGCUGCUCUCUCACCUGCUGCUUACCACCUGCUUCUCUCGCCCCUGCUGCUCUGUACGUAUGCAGAGACCUAG